AUGUUUUCAAGUCUUACUCUCACAUCUUUGGCUUGCGUAAUCUUAGCCAAUUUAGCAACUGCCUUUCCACAACGAAAUCCACUCGAAGGAGCCGCUGAUGUAUUGAAGAGGUCGAACAAAGCUCAUGGCGAGCGGAUGUCCACUUUGGAUAUGUUUUAUGCACAUCUUGAACAGUGUGAAAACAACUUUCAGUCCAAAGUACAGACCAACAAUCAGCAAUUUGAACAAGUCAACAAGACGAACUCGCAGCAAGUUGCUACCCGUUUGGAAUCAAACUUACAAGAGAUGAAUGACAUCAUGAUGGAAACCCUAGAUAAGAUGAAUUCUUCAUUCACCACCCGCGAGACCGCCGCCCACGUUCUCCCAGCCCAUGAGCAUACGAUGGUUGAAUUUUGCGAUCUCAUGAUCCACUUUAUGAGUGAUAUUCAACAAAUGUACACUCGAAUUCAUCAAAUUUCGAUCACAUACCCCGUGGUGCAAACCCAAUGUCAAGAUCAAAUGCAACAUAUGUCUACUUCAUUGAACAAUUUUGUGGAGCAAUGUGUUCCAAUGCAAGGUUUCAACACACAAAUACUUGCAACAGCUCAAAAAACAAAUGACUUCUUUAGCCUAGCUGAGAAAACCCCUUUUGGAUUUUCUGAUUUUAUGCAAAAUCUUCAAUAA